UUGCGAAUACAAUAAAUAAGAUCGGUAACAUCAUUUUCUGACAUCCAGGCGGUUGCGAUUUUGUUUAAAAAAAACACUUGAAGCCGUACUUCAAAUACAUUGAGCAGAAUGCCACGAGGAGGAACAUACGCUAAUAAUUCCACCAACCGAAGUUUGGGCAGAGUGGGGAUGCCUAUGGGGAGUGCACCUGUGUCUUCCAGAUCUUCGAGUUCAAACUAUUAUGCCUCAAGCUCUUCUGCUAAGACAUAUGUUGAUAACUCGAUGAACCGAAACUUAGGAAGGGUUGGAAUGCCUGUUGGAAGUUCACCAGCGUCCAGAGAUUCUGGUAGCAAUUCGUCUUCGUCAAGGACGUAUGUGGAUAACUCGAUAAAUCGAAACCUAGGAAGGGUUGGAAUACCUGUUGGAAGUUUUCCAGCGCGCAGAGAUUCUGGAAGCAGUUCGUCUUCGUCAAGAACAUAUGUGGAUAACUCGAUGAAUCGAAACCUAGGAAGGGUUGGAAUGCCUGUUGGAAGUUCUCCAGCGUCUAGAGAUUCUGGAAGCAGUUCGUCUUCGUCAAGAACAUAUGUUGAUAACUCGAUGAAUCGAAACUUAGGAAGGGUUGGUAUGCCUGUUGGAAGUUCUCCAGCGUCUAGAGAUUCUGGAAGCAGUUCGUCUUCGUCAAGAACAUAUGUUGAUAACUCGAUGAAUCGAAAUUUAGGAAGGGUUGGUAUGCCUGUUGGAAGUUCACCAGCGUCCAGAGAUUCUGGUAGCAAUUCGUCUUCGUCAAGAACGUAUGUGGAUAACUCGAUGAAUCGAAACCUAGGAAGGGUUGGAAUACCUGUUGGAAGUUCUCCAGCGUCUAGAGAUUCUGGAAGCAGUUCGUCUUCGUCAAGAACAUAUGUUGAUAACUCGAUGAAUCGAAACUUAGGAAGGGUUGGUAUGCCUGUUGGAAGUUCUCCAGCGUCUAGAGAUUCUGGAAGCAGUUCGUCUUCGUCAAGAACAUAUGUUGAUAACUCGAUGAAUCGAAAUUUAGGAAGGGUUGGUAUGCCUGUUGGAAGUUCUCCAGCGUCUAUAGAUUCUGGAAGCAGUUCUUCUUCGUCAAGAACAUAUGUUGAUAACUCGAUGAAUCGAAACUUAGGAAGGGUUGGUAUGUCUGUUGGAAGUUUUCCAGAACGCAGAGAUUUAAAAAGUGCAAUCAAUACAAAGGAAGAGAAAGUCCAGACACGCACUUAUGUUGACAAUCGAGUAAAUAGAAUCUUGAACAGAGUUGGAAAACCUUUAGGAUCAGUGCCACUUAAGUCUGUCCAAAUCAAGAGAAGGUAUGUAGACAACGCUUUGAAUAGAAGUUUAGGGAGAGUUGGUCUUCAAGUGGGGAGCAAGCCACUAUCCCAAUCAUCGCUCGUUCAAAGUAGCAACCAAAGGGUUUAUGCUGACAACCCAGCGAACAGGAGAUUAAAACGAGUUGGGCUUCCGCUAGGUACCAAGCCUGAAGAGACUUCGCAGCAUAAUGAAAAGACUUACCUUAAAAUGGCUUAUCAACAGCUGAUGAACUCAGACGGCGAUUUGGAUGAACUGUCUGCGUCAUGGGGCAAUGCCUCAAAAGAAUACGUUAUGGACGCAAUGGAAGAAUGCGUCAACCGCAUGAAUGUAUGGAAGGAAUACUGCGAACGUUAUUAUGAAGAAACAUCCAAUGAAUUUUCUUUGGUGUCAGAGGCAUCUAAUGACUCUUCCUUGGUGUCACGCAUGGACAAGGCGCACAUCUCUGCAAGUCUGGCAACUUUGAUGUCAAAAAACAAUGCUGCCGAUUCGUUUCAACGUUAUGGCGGUAAAGUGAUUCCAUUUGAAGAUCUAAUUGUGGAAGAAAGAAUUGGGAGCGGAGGUUUUGGGCAAGUGCAUUCUGGAAUGUGGAAAGGUAUAAGAGUUGCUAUAAAGAAGCUACGUGAUCAACGCGUAAGCCGAAGUCUUUCUGCUCAAUUUGAAGGUGAAAUAAAAGUUUUAUCUACGCUGAAUCAUGAAAAUAUCAUGACCUUCUAUGGGGCUUGCUUGGAGACAUCUAAUCUAUGUAUUGUGAUGCAAUUUAUGGAAGGGAGCUUGUAUGAUCAGCUGCAUAUUGUCGAACGGCAGUUUCACGACCGACAUAAAGCAUUCAUUGUGCGCGAAAUUGCUUGCGGUUUAAAAUAUCUCCAUUCGAAACAAAUCGCACAUGCAGAUAUGAAGUCGAACAACGUGUUGUUAAACAUUUUCGACGAUGACAUAGCGAGUGUCAAAAUCACGGAUUUUGGAUUGUCAAUGAUGAAAAGCGAAAGUGAAACUUCAUCUUCUGAGAAUAAACUGGUCCGAUAUAUUGGCACACCUAAAUACAUGGCACCCGAACUUCUCAGAGGGGAGUUUUUAAACAGAGGGGAUAUGAUAAAGGCUGAUGUGUACGCAUUCGGUCUGAUUAUGUUUGAAGUAUUUUGCGAGGAAGAACCAUUUAAGAACUUGAACAUCAAUCAACUUCAAAAGCACGUCGGAGAAGGAUAUUUAAAACCGGACAUAGAUGGGUUAAACAUUGAUGGCCGGCUGGUUUCUUUGAUUAGAGUAUGUUGGGAUAGAGAGCCAACAAGACGGCCAUCAGCUGAAGAAUGUUUCAAUUGGUUGGCGUCAAAAACAGAAGAGUAGUUAUUUUUACGAACGCAAAAAUUGUUAUUUUACCGAACGGAAAUAGUUAUUUUACCGAAUAAACACCCAACGUGAUUCUAAUUGACCAUAACUGGAAGAAGAAGAUUUUAAUGCAAAAUUGUACAAGCAAAUUUUUUUAAAAGAACCAUGGAAUGAGAUGCUUUUCUUAUUCUUUUUCUUAUUUUUUCUUCUUCUUAUAUGUUUAACUUGAAAUUGUUCUUAUUUUCUUUCUAACAGUUUUGAGAAAGUAUAAUGAUGAUCUUUAAACUUUUGUUUUGCAGAUGUAAUUUUUAUUUUAUUUUUUAAUUUUUGUACGCGUGGUUUGAAUAUUAAACAUAUGUCGAUUAAAACUAAUGAGAUGUUA